UGGGGUGAUUCAGAAGGGACACCUUCAGAACAAGGAAUGACAUAUGAUGCUCUUCAUAUGUUCGACUGGAUAAAAGCACGGAGUGGUGACAACCCAGUCUACAUCUGGGGACAUUCAUUAGGCACAGGAGUUGCUACCAAUUUAGUGAGACGUCUUUGCGAAAGAGAAACUCCACCAGACUCCUUAAUACUGGAAUCUCCUUUUACAAAUAUAAGAGAUGAAGCCAAGAGUCACCCAUUUUCAGUGAUUUACAGAUAUUUUCCUGGUUUUGAUUGGUUCUUCUUGGAUCCUCUCACAGCAUUUCAGAUUAAAUUUGCAAGUGAUGAUAAUGUGAAUUAUAUAUCGUGCCCACUACUCAUCCUACAUGCAGAAGAUGAUCCAGUAGUCCCAUUCCACCUUGGAUUAAAGCUGUACCAAAUAGCCGCUGCCUCACAGAGUCUACAUGGGUACAAAGUGUUGUUUGUUCCAUUCCACAAAGACCUUGGGUACCAACAUAAAUAUAUUUUCAGGAGCCCAGAACUUCCAAAUAUACUGAGAGAGUUCCUGGAAAAACCGGAGACAGAUGACAGCUGAGCAGAAGCUUGUACAAGUUGUGUUCUACUUGGCAUGAAGAGUUUUUGUUGCUGAUUUAUCAUUCCCUUCAACUGAAACAGAAGACAUGCAUGUCUGUUUGAUGCAUGGGUACAUAGACAGUGAACUGUGUGUGAGUACAGGCUGAACUGUGGGCACACAGAUGACCAGUAAUACCCAGCAUCCAUUAAACAGAUGCUUCAGAUUAUUUGUAUGUCCCUGAAGAGAUCUUCAAGCGUUGGGAACAGUGUUACUGUUCAUAGUCUUGUAUCCUGGUUAAUGCUGCACAAGAUGUUUCUUCAAGUGAAAAAAAAUUAUUUUUUUUUCAAACCCCUGUUAAUUUCUUGCAUUAUUUAACAACAAGAUGUUGCUUUCUGGAGUUCACAAAUAACUUCCAUCUCCUAAUAAUGUGAAAACCCUAAUAUUCCAGUGAAUUGAGCUUGUACUUGAUAAUAACAGUAGCACUGCUGAUGCUUGUCAGAAACUUCACAGCUUGGUUUUAAACUACUGGAAAUGCUAAUUCACCUAGGUAAACAAUAGUAAUUUAAACUGCUUCAAGUUUGGAGUAGGGGUAAACUAUGGCUGUUUGCACCAGACACUUGAUUGUUUUUACAUUUUGUUAAUUAUUCUGCUUUUUCCCCUGUGGUAUGAUAGCUAUGUAAUUUAAAUAGAGGGACUUUAUUAUAUACAACUGUUACAUUUGAAAAAUAGCUGUAGCAUUUAUGAGGGAUUGGCAUUGCACUUAAGGUCCAUUAUGUGAGCCAUUUGCUGAAAUUAAGUUCAAAGACUUCCUAGUCAGUGUUUGGUAUGGUGACAGUUUGACAGUCCUAGACUCGUAAUGUGCAAGCCCUGGAAUAGUGUGACCGAAUGUGUGAAAAUGGUGACUUAACUAAUUCCAAGAUUGUUUUGUCUCAGAGUAUUACAUUUUCUCUGAGAUAUGGCAUUUUUGAAGUGUGGGAGGUGCAGGGUGCUUGAAAAAACAUAACUUUGAAGGACAACAGUGAGUGUUAACACUUGCUGUUCUCCUUUGGUUUCCCUGUCUUCCCCAGAAUUCUGUGACUCACAAUUACAGAUCUCAGAAUUACACGUGGUAAUCUAUUGUAUCUCAGUAACUUCCCCAAACUGAAACAGUAGUAACACUAUGGAAACAGUAAAAUGGUUUUAUUCACAAGUAAAUAUUACUGGUGCACGUCUGAAAGAGCACUAAAUAAUGGGGAGAAGUUUAUCUGAUAUAGUUUAAUGCAUUCUGUAUUCCUUGUUUACAUUAUUUACCCUUUAUUAAUUGCUGUGGUAAUGUGACCUUUGACCUGUGAGUUAAAGCUAAAGUGUUGUAGUUCAGGGUGUCACUUUGCUGUAGCACACAUAUGGAGGCUAUGACGUUUAUGCCUCAACUGCUUCUAUAAUAAAAUGCUGUUGGUGGGUAGGGUGGCAACAGUGCUAAGCUGCUUGUAUAAUAAAAGGCUCUUGGUGGGUUGGAUGACAACAGUGCACUUGUUGUCAUUCUGUCAUGUUCUGUUCAGUUGUACUUGCUUUGUUUCAGGCUGUGCUCAUAUGAAUAACCAAGGAUCUCAUUCAUUAUUUAAAGCAGCAUAUUUCCUACCAGUUGAACCACACACACACACACACACACACACACACACACACACACACACACACACACACACGAGGGAGGACUUAACAUUUAAGACUUCUGAAUUCUUUUUUCUUAUGUCAGACUUUAUACCUAUAUCAAUAGGCUUUGCCAUCGUAAAUUCUUCACUUUGUUUUCAGUACAUGCUUCUUGACGUUUUGUCUGUAAUUCUACAUCUUUUAAGUUAAGGACAUCAGAACAUCAUUUUUUCAUUAAUUAGUAACAAUUUUUUGUUGUUUUUAAACUGCUGUUUGCCUGUUUGAAUGUGGGUUUGCCAGCCAAAAUCUCAUUUUGUAAUUUGGAAUAAUCCAGCUAGUUCCUUGUAAAUGUACUUCUUUUCUAUCAUUUUUUUUGUAAAUAUGUUUUGGUACUGGUCUUAUUUGCUUUGUUUCUGCUGAGUGGGAUUAGCACUUCAUUGUUUGUGUUGGGUGUUUGAGAGCUGUAGUUUUAAGACUCUUAACACCUCUUUAUUUUGAGACCUUUUUAUUAUAAACCAGUAAUCCAGAAAUCAUGUAUUCUUCAGAAUACCAGAAUAAGUAUUAGACAAUGACAAAAAUGUUUCUCACCUCAUUUGCAUUAUGGCACUUUGCUUCGCAGAGGUGGAGAAAAUAACAUAGUACACAGAUCGAGCAAUUUACUGUUAUUGAAGGUCAAAUUAUUUUUGCAUUUUCUAGAUACAGUUAGCUGUGAAAGGUUUUAGGUAUGGGAUACAGUUGAAGAGUGGUAGCCCCUUUAUGUUUUUUUUCCAUACAAGUCCUAUUAACAUUAAAUGUAAGAAUGAUGGUUGAGAGUUAUCUUGAUUGAAGCACAUCAGUUGGCAUAUACAGUCAUCCAAGAUAACUCUGCAAAUCAGGUUUUUUUAUUUUAAAUUUAUCUGCUCUGUACUGGUGCUUCACAUGAAACUGCAUAUUUCAAAAUUAGUAAGUAGGUACUGUCAAGAAACCAUAAAUUAUAGGAGAAGGCUUCUUCUAUAAGUCAGGAAAAAAAAAUGAAAAAAACCCACUGUAGCUGGACUUGGAUAAGGAUAUGUCAAAAUAGGUCCCAGAAAAUGUUACUUGAAAUGGAAGAGUUACAUAACGACGAGAUGAAGGCAACUGGAAAGUACAGAGGACCUUAUGAAGUAACCCUUUGAAGGAGAAGCAGCCACAUUAUGUAUGAAUUAAUGGUACUGUACACCCACAGGUUGUCUCACAGAGCAGGUUAAUAACAUGUUAAAGAUACUGCAUACCCUUAAAUGAAUACAUAAGUAAUAUAUUAAAGUUUUUAGUGCAAACCACAAAGCGGGCUCAUUGAGUAGAUUAAUGAUAUAUGGUCACUGUGCAUCUUUAAGUGUCUGGUACAACUUUCUCAUUCCACUAUAUUUUAGUAGACAGUCUUAAGGACUCGACUUCUUAUGCAUGUCCUCCCCUUUAAUGAUUCUAAAGGUAGAACCCAUGGUUGUCAUGUAGUAGUAAGAUGAUAAACAUCUUAGAGUAUUCCUGGAAGAGGAAGCAGAAUGCACAUAUAGUCCUGAAUGAAAUUUCCUUAUAGCGUGCCAAAUGCUUUAGUCGAUGCUACAUUGUGCAAUCAGUAAUGUGCAAGUCCAGGGUUUGCUUUGAAAGACUGAUAUCAUGGUGUCAUGGGGAUUGUUCAUUUCCUUGCAAUAGUGCAGUCUUGAGUUGGUAUUAAUAAGUAGUAGAAGGUGUGGGGGCACAUACCCCCAUGUUGAGGAUGCACAAAUAAGUCUCAAGUUUGACCGUGAAUUGCAUUCAAGUAAUUCAGUUGCUUUUUAAUUACAGUUACUGUACAUUAUUCAGUCAUAAGAAAGUAAGACUUUUGUCACAGAACCUCUCUACAUUGUGAGUGAGCUGUUAUAACUGUCAACUCGGUUGGUACUGUGGGAUGAAGAAGAACUUAUUUUUAACAAGAUUGGAUAAUAUCCAUGAGAAACAUACUCCUCUCUCUGAAUAUAUUUCUGAAAAUGCAUCUCACAAAAUUUUCUGAAUGCUAAAAUGUUUGAUGAAUGAAGAGUAGAUGGAGCUCUUCUUCAGGGGGAGUCCGUGUAAAAGUAAAAAUGACAUGCACAUUGUAUCCAGCCUUACCUGUGUCAUCUCAAGCCUGAAUCUCCACAAGUAGUGGCUUUCUUCCAUCUGGACACCAAGUCAAGCUUCUGGCGGAGUGAUGUAGUUCUCCUUUUAUAGCCCACACCAGUGGACAUUCUCUUCAUUUUAUAUACCCAUAAUUCAUUCGCCUGAAGAACACUUUUACUGCAUGCUUAGUUGCAUUUAGCUUUGUAAUUCUUUUAACAGUAAGUUUCUUCACUACACUUCCAGUUGUCAGCUUGGGAUAAAUUGAUUAAGAAGUGGGAUUUUGGUAGACGGCUAACCCUUAAAGACUUUUACACAUCUGUUUUCUUGUAGGCCCUGACUGCAAUGUUAAAGAAUCUGAAUAUUUUGAAGAAAGGUCAGACAAGGUGGAACAAUUCAUAGACGUCUUUUCUUUCUUAGAAAAGACUAAGAUCUUUAAAAAAGAAGUCGUGCCCAGCUCUGUAAUACAGAUUGCCCUGCUUGUGACCCAGACAACCUAAGUUUGACCUACAAAUUUAGCAGAGUCAUAGCUACCAAUUCUAGCACCCUUUGCUGAUCCCCAGUAGGAUAGUCACUCAGCUUUCUCAAUGCUAGUAAGAGUGAAAUUUAGACUUAUUUUUCAUGGUGCUUUAUUUGUAAUACAGCUUUUGACAUGCAGUAUAAUUUGAUAGUACACAUCUAAAUAAAAACUUGUGAUACUUAUUUGACAGACUGUGUGAAAACAGUUUCAGUAUUGUCUAGUAAUAUUUACAACAUGCAAUCUGACUAUUUUAAUUUAAGACAGAUAUAAUGCAAGAUUAGCAGUGACAGCAGUGGGUUUUUUUUUUUUUUGAAUGAAUGGAGCUAAGGCCUGAAAGAUAGGAGAUGAUUUUACAUUAGUAAUGUACACAGGUUGCAUUUAUCUGUGUUAAUAGUUACUGACUUAUUGGUUAUGUUCCUUGUUAAAUGGAAUUUGGAAUUAAUUUAGAGAGGCCAUUUUUCUUUGACCUAAGAAAUACGGCAGUGCUACAGAAUCCUGAAAGCCCAAAAUCCUGAAAGUUCAAAAUACUGAAAACUCAUAAUGCUGAAAACUCAUAUAACUCAUAGUUCCUACAGCAAUGAUAUUUGCUAUUUGGACAUCUGCUGUUUUGUUGAAUAAACUCACAACCAUCGUAUUUUCCUAUUGGUUUAUAAAAAACAGGCUAUGCACAAAGACAUGUUGUUUUUGAGUUUAGGUGUCCAAGAAAUUAGUUUAAUAAACAUAAACUGAAGCAAAAAUAAAUGUCAGUGGUUCAUGAGCACCUUGUCAAAGAUUUUUAUUUCUUCUACUGGUAAUGCCUCAUGAAGAAUUCACUAGCAUUUUUCCUUUUAAAAAUGGUAAUGCCCUAUUUGGGCAAAGACUUAGAGAAUCAUAAUACUUAUUGUAUAAUACUGUAUUCUUGGAUGACAGAAUGACUUAAUUUGAUGCACUUUCAAUGUUCCAAAACCAUGUACUGUAAAUCAUUGCUUAAAUGAGUUGCUUUCGGCCUGAACAUUGGUGGUAUUACAUUUUUAGAACAAUUUUGUUAAAUAUUUAAGGUAAACCACUUCUCAUCAUAAGUUUUUUAAAUGUUUGCUAGGUCAGUGUUGUGCCCACUAGCAUUUGCUAAUAAUGAAUAAACUACUCACAGUUA